CAAAAAAAUAGACAGACUGGUGGCUUCAAUUCGCUAGUGGCGACUUUCGCUUACCAUGACUUCGUCUACAGACCCUAGCGCACCGGGAGACGCGCAGAGACUGUCACUGGACACGCCCCCGUCGAGCCACGCGGUGCAUAUCGACCACUACUCGCUCGACGAUGACACCGUCGGCUGGCAAUCCAAGCCAGUGGUUGACUCGGAUGAAACUCGCCUGCUGGCCGAUACAGAUGCAACUCAAACAGAAGAAGAUACCGUGCCCACCUUCCACGAGGAAGCGUGGGCCAUCUGGAGCAUGGGCUGGCAAGUGAGCGUCACGACCUUCUGUCGUAUUUCCUUGUCAACCAUUUCAACUAUGUUCCUAGGCAGAUUGGGCUCGCGCGAGCUGGCGGCCAGCGCCUUGGCCAACGUGUGGACGGGUGGUGUGCAGAUCCUCAUCUUCGGCUUCGCUGUCUCCGUGUGUACGCUCUGCGGCCAGGCAUACGGGGCCAAGAACUACCGCCUCGUGGGCGUGUGGUUGCAAUUGGCAUUGCUCUUCCUCUUUAUGCUGUCGGUUCCGGUUAUGGUCUCUUUCUUCUACGUGGACCGGAUUCUAAGCGUCGUAACGGAUGACCAUGAGAUUCUGGAACUGGCCGAUACGUACGCGAGGCUCUUAGCACCAAGUGUGCUUCCUCAAGCGAUCUACUGUGCUUUGAGGCAGUAUCUUCAGGCACAGGAGAUCGUCAGGCCAGCCACGAUCAUCAGUAUUGCCAGCGUCGCUGUAUCGCUAGGCUCGAAUUACUUUUUCAUUUACGGCUGCGGAUCGAUCCCAGGACUUGGAUUCAUUGGAGCACCGAUCGCUCAGAGCGUGUCGUCUAUUUUCCAGCCCACAGCUCUCGUGAUCUACGCGUUCUGGUACAAAGGUUACCACAAGAAGACGUGGUUCGGCUGGGAUCUCCGCGCCUGCUUACAAUGGGAACGCAUGCGCGCUUUUGCGUUCCUAUCCGCUGGCAUGACGAUGAAUCUCGCAUUGGACGAGUGGGUGUAUAACGUGAUCUCAGCUCUUGCAGGAUCGCUCGGUGCGUGGAACUUGGCGGCUAAUAGUAUUCUAUUCAACUUAUGGGGGCUUAUCUUCGGCAUUUAUUGGGGUUUCGGCUUGCCUACGCAAGUCCGCGUCGCCAACUUCCUUGGAGCGAACCGCCCUGUGGCUGCGAAACGCACUCUACACGUUGGUUUUGUGCUUGGUGGACUGACGGCCUUCGUGUCGGCGCUGCUUGUGUAUGCUUUCCGUGAUCAUCUUGCGGGAUUUUUCACUCACGACCCCACAGUGGUCGCUGCGAUCACUAGCACCAUGCCUAUCUUCUGUACUGCAGUGUUUGUCUCCGGUCUGCACGUUAUCAUGUCGGCAGUUGUGGAGGCCAUGUCGCUCGCUACGACUUUGGUAACCAUCACGACGAUCGGAUCGUGGGUUGUUAUGCUACCGGCCUCGUACCUCAUGGGUCUUCAAUGGAAUGGUGGACUUCACGGACUUUGGUGGGGUAGUCUAGUAGGAGAGACGGUCAAGUUUAGCUUGAUGGCGCUGGCUCUGUGGCACAUUGACUGGCGGGAGAUGGCACAUCGUGCUGUGAUCCAGUCGGAGGGCGACGUUCUGACUGAAGAGGAGCUGGAAGAAGACAUCCGAUUGCGGUCCGAACUCGUGCUGCCGUCGACACCCACGAUGGCCGGCACCACACCCGUGCUUGCUAUCCUUUCGACGCCGCAGCGUGUUCACCACCAUCACCAGACUGCAAAUGAAGCAGCUGGCAAGCGGAAUACAAUGCACAGCAAUUCGUACGGCUCGGUGAACGCGCUUCACAACUUCAAUCGUGAGCAGUAGAUAUGCUACUCACAAAGUGAGCCUGGGAGAGAUUGAUGAGUUUUAUAAAAUCAAUGAAUGGUUUAACUAGUUUCAUUUGUGGAUAUG